UGAGUAAAAUAAUAUUAGCUAACUAGAUUGUCAUCCAUCUAAAUGACAGAGCAUAAAAUGCAAACACCAUAUGAAGAGACUGAUCUGGAGAAGGGACUCAAGAAAGAAGUUAAUGAGCAUGAGAUGUCAGAAGAGACUCCAGGUGAUUGCAGAAAUGAAGACAUCCAGGCAAACAAUGAAAAUAGUCUUGUAAAAACAGAACUUCAGUCCCAAGCACAAAGUGUAGAGCCAGAGCCUGAGGAGGCAAUCAAAGGUGAUGUGAAUUUACAAAGCAGCUCAAAGGAGAUUUUGUAUGAUUACAGCACUGGAGAUACCACAGUUGCUAUAAAGAAAGAUACUAAAUCUGAAGAGAAAAUAGUGUACACUGUGCCCAAAACAUAUCAACAUAAUGAGCAGCAGUCAGGUGGUGAUCAUAAAUCAGUGACAAAUUCAUCCAGUCAAAAGUCAGAAGAAAACAAAGACUGCCGUCGAAUGACAAAAAAGCUACUGCGAGACAUCUGCAAACAGCAAAAAUUAUAUGUGACCCCAUGCUUGAAUGACACACUAUAUUUACAUUAUAAAGGAUUUGACCGCCUUGAGAAUCUUGAAGAAUAUACAGGAUUAAAGUGUCUAUGGCUUGAAUGCAAUGGUUUAACAAAAAUUGAAAACCUGGAGGCUCAGACAGACUUGCGCUGCCUAUAUUUGCAACUCAAUUUAAUUAAUAAAAUUGAAAACUUGGAACCCCUGGAAAAGUUGGAUUCUCUCAACCUCAGUAACAAUUAUAUUAGGACCAUUGAAAAUCUCUCUUGUCUAAGAGUUCUGCACACUCUGCAGAUUGCUCACAAUAAAUUACAAACUGACCCAACCAUCUGUAUCCCUGACCUUUCCCACAACAAGUUAGAUGAUCCAAGUAUUCUAAAUGUCCUGGAGACCAUGCCUGAUCUGCGUGUACUGAAUUUGAUGGGAAAUGAAGUGAUUAAGAAAAUUCCUAAUUAUAGAAGGAUGCUUACUAUUCGACUAAAACAAUUAACAUACCUGGAUGAUAGGCCGGUUUUUCCAAAGGACAGAGCCUGUGCAGAAGCCUGGGCCAUGGGCGGACGUGAAGCAGAGAAGAGUGAAAGGGAAAAAUGGGAGACCAGAGAGAGAAGGAAGAUCCAAGAUAGCAUUGAUGCACUAGCCGCAAUUAGGCGAAAAGCUGAAGAGAAGAAAAGACAAAGGGAAAAGGAAGAAAGAGAUAAAAAUAGAGGCUCAAUAGAGGCCCACGAAGGAGACAUCACACCCGCAAGUUACAGUGGUAUGACUAAUAGUACUUCAGAGAUUUCAGAUGCUUCUGAAGAGACCGAAACUCAAAAGAUCAAGAAAUUUGUAAAUGAAAGCAUUGAGGCCCAUGAUGAAAUUUUAGCUGAAACAUCAAGUAAAGAAGAUCUGGGUAGUCUGUAUACUAACCUUACCAAUAACAUUCAGAAGGAAGUACAAGAAGCUAAUUGUCACAAAUGCCCAAAUUUCAGUACUAAUCAAGAAGACAUAUUAGUUGGGACUAUGACUACCCAAGAUGCUGUGUUUACUGAACUAGAUGAGUCUGCAGAAACAGAACAAGUUAAACUGCAGAUACCAGAGAAGCUUUUCAUUGAUGAACUGCCUGACUUAGAAGACAUAGAUAUUAGUGAAUUCUCACCAGGAGAGGAAAACUCAAUCAGAAAGCAAGCAUGUCAUCCAAAGAUUGAAAUCAUUUCUGAAGUGAGUGAUGACAAGAACUCUGCAUCAAAAGAAAACAAAGUCUCAUCUUGGAAUUCAAUAACAGAAGAGAUCCCAACAGCCAUAUUUUCAAAUAUAUGUAAGAUACCUGAAGAUUGUCAAAGGGAAACCACAAGACACCUUGUAGAAGGCUUAGCAGAGCAUUGGAGUCUAGAGAAAGACUUAGAGGCCAAAGUUAAACAAGUCAACCCUCUGAAACCAUUGAUACAAGAGAUUAUUGCUGAACCAAUAGAUGAUAUACUGACACCAGCAGCCUACAGUAAUGUGGAUGAUCUAGCCCCAAAAGAAGUAGACAGCCAAGAUGGUCACAUUAUACCCUCCAGUCCUGAGAAUAGCACUGAGGAUAAAAAGGUGCAGGACCUGGCAGAGAAUGGAGGAUCCUCUCAUGAACCACAAGAUGACAACAAAGACACUGAGUAUGGAUUAGAUUAAGUGAUGAAUAAAAAUGAACUAAAUGUGGAAUAUACCAUCUUACCCACUAUUUGUGAUUACUCCCAAAAUACCCAGAAUAGCUAUGUAAAACACCUGAAAUUACACUUCUUGAGACGUCAUUCAUAAAAUGACUGCCUUAAUAUAUGAACUAUGUGGUCUAUCAUGAAGCCAGCCAAUCAUGGCUAACAUAACAGUAUAGCUCCUAGAAACACUAUAUUAAAGUGCAACGUUUCUGUGAAUGAUGCCACACAAAACUGUGCCACAUUGAACGUUGACUCAUGGAUAUCUGGUUCCACCCCCAGAAAGGGUGGGGCUUCAGGUGGAAGGGAUGGUUUUCUCUAGGUGCCACAUGCCUCUGGCAGGAGAAGGAGAAUGUGCACUCCCCAGUCCAAUCAAAGCCUGAAGUGGGGUAGCACAUGAAGUCUCCCCCCUCACCCACCUCUGCCCUGCCAGGGGAGUGUGAUGCCUAGAGGGAACCACCAGCAGUUUUGAAAAGCUGGUGGUUCCCUCUAACCACCUUGCACACCUAAGGUGGGAGGAGAUUUUGUGUACUCUCCUGCCCUGAGGCUAAUCGAGACCCAGGAGCAGGGAAGAGUGCAAAACCAUUCGCUGUUUAAAAUAGCUGGUGACUACCUCUAGGCACCAUGUGCCCCUGGCAGGGAAGGAGCCACCAGUUGCUUUGAACAGCGAAUGCCUUCACACACUCCCCCGCCCCCAGGUCUCAAUUGUCCUGGGGAUGGGGGUGUGGCAGGGCAGCAGCAGGCCAGAUCAAAUGGUUUGGUGGGUCAGAUCCAGCAUGCGGGCCGUAUCUUGCCCACCCCUGGUUUAAAGGUUUACUUGAGAUUUCACAUCUUUCUAAAAAUAAGAAAGUUAAAUGUUUAUAACUCAGUACUUCAUUUAUUUCUGUAGCUUUAACCUAAUGUGUUACACUUAUUUUUAUUUGGUCUAAGAAAUCCUGUUAUUAAGGUGAUGCAUUGUAAAGUUGUACAAUUUCCAUGUAUGUAUAUUCCAGCAAAUACUUUACCAAACAUACUCACUGAAAAUAAAGUUGGUUCACUUCUCA